AGGCUGCCGCUUGAAACAGGCAGGGCCUGCCUGGGUAGAGGGCUCAGCAAGAAGUCUUCUGAACUGGUUUCUGACGGACGUGGAGGCACCAGACCAGGGAAGAGGAGCAAGGCCAAAAGGAAUCAGAGCAUGGCAGGGUAUGGGAGAGAGGUCCAGAGCCUGGCUGGUGAGAUCCAGAUGAAGGAUUGACCCCCCCCAUCAGGACAAACACACACAUGCACGUUUCUGGGGAAUUCUGGAGUGUCCUUGGUCCCUCUGGCUUAGCCUAGGAAGAAUGCCCUCCCUUUCCCCUGAGGAGCCCGCCCACCGUCUGCUUCACAGGCAUGCAGGUUUCCAAGCUUUAACUCUGGACUUUGCACUCGGCACCGGCACCGGAAAUUUACUUGUUUAUCAGGGCCUCCAGCCUGAUCAGCUACCUGCUGAGGUGAGUCAGGCGGCGGAACUGGCCGGCCCACCUGUCCAGGUUCACCACCUGUCCUUUGCAGACCCAGCCGGAAGACACCUCCACCGACUGUGCACAGUUCCUGAAGCCCAUAUGGGGCCUUCGGAGCUCCCUACAGCAUCAGCCAUGGCCCCUGAACCAGGCACUGCAGGCCGGGCAUGGCCUGUGCUGGUAGGGGUUGUGCUGGGGGCUGUGGUCCUCUCUGUCAUCAUUGCACUUGCUGCCAAAUGCCACCUCUGCCGCCGAUACCGCGCCAGCUUCCAGCACCACCAGCUGUCCAGGACAGGGAGUGAGAACCACCCUGAGGUGGGUGAAGAGGAUGAUGAUGGCUUCAUCGAGGACAAUUACAUUCAGCCCGGGGCUGGAGAACUGGAGACAGAGGGGAGCAGGGACCACUUCCCUCUCUGAGCCCUCAUCUUUGGACACCCUCCCUUCCCUCCAUGCCUGACAGGAUAAGGACAGAGGAUGCUGUGCUGGAGCUGAAAAUCUCAGGGACAAAGGUGGUCAGGGCUUCAGGGGUGACCAGGGUGGAGCAAUCCUCCAUUCCUGACACUAGCCACCAAAGUGACAGUGACCCUCUCUCGAUUCAUAACUCCCAGUGGCUCCCUCCUGUUUCCAGGAGAAAGCCGAAUAAUGACAAGAACAUGGAAGAAAAGCCCUCUGUGAUCAGGUCUUUGUUAGCCCCUUAAGUUUCCUUUUUACCUUCCUUUGUUGUUGUUUUCUGGCCUUUACUUGCUGUUUGUUAUUUUCCCUUCCUCACCAUGCAGUUUAUGCUCACCUUGGUUCCCUUCCUGGGCUGUCAUGUUCUUCACCCAACUCCCCUCUGCCAGUGAUGAAAAUUGGCCACAACCCCCAUGGCCUGCUUACCUGCUGGUCUUUGAUAUGUGCCAGGGUGACAGGUAGAAAUCAGUGCCAAGUUUCUUGAAAUUUUUUCUUAUCAACAAAGUCAGUGAUCUGGUUAUAAUAUAUUAGGUUUUUCAAAGGAAUUAAUAAAUCUGUUUUCAUUUGGAAUAA